UGCCCAAAAUAUCCACAAUACUCGAUGCACAUUUCUCACUAACAAACCAAAGAGCUCACUUGACAACAGGCGCAACUCAAGUACUUCCAUUCAAUUAACUAUUUACUCUUAAAUAUCUGAUUUGUGUUGAAAUUGAGCUUCAAAGCAUGACGGCUUUUACAUCAACUGCUCUACAAUAUUCAUCCACAUCAUAUUUACAAUCCUGGGUACCUUCUAUAGAAGGCACUCGUGAUCAUAAUUCAUGGUGUGUAAGAGUGAGAUCAUACAAACCCACUUCUCAAAGAUUUCACCAACAGAACAUUGCAAGAGGACUAACAAUCCAGAGUGCGGCCACAAAACAAGCGAAAACACCAGCUGAAGAAGAGUGGAAGGUUAAGCGAGAAUUACUGCUGCAGAAAAGGGUAAAAAGUGUGGAACCAAAGGAAGCUCUGCGCCUUCAGAAAGAAAAUAAAUUUGUGAUUCUUGAUGUAAGGCCAGAAGCAGAGUUCAAGGAGGCUCAUCCCGCAGAUGCAAUUAAUGUGCAAAUAUACAGGCUUAUAAAAGAAUGGACAGCCUGGGACAUUGCUAGACGUGCUGCAUUUGCAUUUUUUGGUAUUUUCUCUGGAACAGAAGAGAACCCCGAGUUUAUCAAGUCUAUUGAGGAAAAAUUAGAUAAAAAUGCAAAGAUAAUAGUAGCUUGCUCAGCAGGAGGAACAAUGAAACCAACACAAAAUCUGCCUGAAGGUCAACAAUCUAGGUCUCUAAUAGCAGCUUACUUGUUGGUCCUAAAUGGUUACGCCAAUGUCUUCCAUCUAGAAGGUGGGCUUUACAGGUGGUUUAAAGAGGAUCUGCCAACUGUUUCAGAGGAGUGAAUUCAUUGCUAACAUUGUGCAUGCAGAGAAUCCUGGACCUAGUUUUGACCAUAAUGAGGAUGCUGAUAAAUGCAUACAAAUGUAAUCAUUGAACUGGUGUAAAAAGUUAGUAUGAGAAAAAAUGCCGUGUUACAUUUUCUAAA